ACGAGACGGCAGACCCCUUCAACCCGACUCCGCGUCCCCGCCCCGAUCAGUACCGGUUAAGUAACUAACCCCUUCUCCCUCCCUUGUCCACUCUGCUUCUCCCCCUCCAAGAAACCGGCGUACAGAUCGAUCGAUCGGCCCUUGCCUGAGCCGGCAGCAGUAGACAUGAACAACCUCUUCUCCAGCUCGUGGAAGCGCGCGGGCGCGGGGGGCGACGGCGGGGACCUGGAGUCGGGCGGCGUGGAGAUGACGGCGCCGCCGGGCGCCGCGGCGGGGGCGAGCCUGGACCGCUUCUUCGAGGACGUGGAGUCCAUCAAGGACGACCUGCGGGAGCUGGAGCGGAUCCAGCGCUCCCUCCACGACGCCAACGAGUCGGGCAAGUCGCUCCACGACGCCUCCGCCGUGCGCGCGCUCCGCUCCCGCAUGGACGCCGACGUCGCCGCCGCCAUCAAGAAGGCCAAGGUCGUCAAGCUGCGCCUCGAGUCGCUCGACCGGGCCAACGCCGCCAACCGCUCCGUGGCCGGGUGCGGGCCGGGCUCCUCCACGGACCGCACCCGCACCUCCGUCGUGGCCGGCCUGCGCAAGAAGCUGCGGGACGCCAUGGAGGCCUUCUCCUCCCUCCGCUCCCGCAUCACCUCCGAGUACCGGGACACCGUCGCGCGGCGCUACUUCACGGUGACGGGGGCCCAGCCCGACGAGGCGACGCUGGACACGCUGGCGGAGACGGGCGAGGGGGAGCGGUUCCUGCAGCGGGCCAUCGCGGAGCAGCAGGGCCGCGGGGAGGUGCUGGGCGUGGUGGCGGAGAUCCAGGAGCGGCACGGCGCCGUGGCGGACCUGGAGAGGUCGCUGCUGGAGCUGCAGCAGGUGUUCAACGACAUGGCCGUGCUGGUGGCGGCGCAGGGGGAGCAGCUGGACGACAUCGAGGGCCACGUCGGGCGGGCAAGGUCGUUCGUGGACCGGGGGCGCGAGCAGCUGCAGGUCGCCCGCAAGCACCAGAAGAGCUCCCGCAAGUGGACCUGCAUCGGCAUCGGCAUCCUGCUCGUCAUUAUACUUAUCAUCGUCAUCCCCAUCGUGCUCACGAACACCAACAAGAGCAGCAACAACAACAACCAGCAGUAGCCUGUGGAUCUGCCUGCCCGUGGCGAUGAUGAUCCGGGCUUGCUUGCUUCUUGCUGGGUGUUGUUGGUUGUUUUUUGUGGAAUUUUUUGCGAUUGUAAUUACUCCGUCCGUGCGGUUCGUUGAGCCACUCGAUUACGUUACUAUACUAGUAAAAAUGCCCGUGCGUUGCAACGGGUCAAAAAGAUAGCAAAAUCUGCUUUGUGUGUGUCAUUGCGCAACAUUUCUUAUAUUCAAUUCUAAUUAUCUCUUUUUUGGAGUA